AUGGGUGAGGUUUAGCAUCGAGGGCUGAAUGUUGAGGUUCUGAUGAUCUUCCAGACGGUAAUGGCCAUCUCGCAUGACUGUGCGCGUGCAGCUCUCAUGGGCAGGGAGUGAAAGACUUGCAGUCCGGUGCUAGUCUGGGCGUGUAGUCACCUUGGACUAAUCAGAUGCCGAUUCUCUAACCCUAACUCUCUUUGACACUACUCUAAGGUCAAGGUUUGCUCAAAGAAAGUGUCCUGAAAGUGUUCUGUAGCUGAAAAGGUUAAAGGAAAACCACCAUGGCCGACAUAAAAAGACUGCUGUCAGAUGAGCAAGAAACUCACUUCGGAGAAGACAACCACUUGCUAACUCCACCCGUAGAAGCCUGCAGAGGUCCUCCUCUCCUUGCGCAUUCUGCAUACGGGCGAGCGGAGAUCGCGUCUUUACCUCUGACCCUAAGAGGCGUGGGCAGGCGCUGGGGUCACAACCUGCCGUCCUACCGCCUGCGAUCUCGUGAGAGUCUGGAGGGACACACCAGCUCCUACUCCCCGCACCGCGCGCGCCUGGCGCUGCUGAUCUUCCUCUUCCUGAGGGACGUGGCCACCAACACCAGCGGCUCCAUCGGCUCGCAGUACAUGAACUACCGCUUCCAGCGCAUGUACGUGGGUGAUGGCGACGUCAACUCCACCGUUACCACCACCAACAACGCCUCAGUCUGCAGCUCUACCGUUAGCAAUGCCACGAACCAGGAGGAGGACGAGGCCCAGAAGCAGUUGACGGCCUUCAAUUUGUACGUCUUCUACACUGGCACGUGCACCAUGAUCGUGGCCGCCUUCUUCAUGGGCGCCCUGUCCGACGUCAAGGGGCGGAGCCUGCUGCUGGUGCUGCCCAGCUUGGCCAGCCUGCUGGACCAUGUGUACCACUUGUUGAUGAUGUGGUUCGACCUGGACGUACGCUUCCUGUACCUGGUUGCGGCGCUGCACGGCAUCACGGGGUCCUACUGCGCCCUGUCGAUGGGGAUCUUCGCCGUCACCGCCGACCUGACACCGCCCAGCAAAUCCCGCACCAUGGCCAUCGCCGUGAUGGAGUUCGUCACUGCCAUUGCCGCCGUAGUGGGCAAGCUAGUGUCCGGCUACCUUCUGCAAAACUUUGGCUACUUCAACGCCAGCCUCCUGCCCGCCCUCUUCUACCUCGCCUCGUUCCUCGUCUGCGUCGUCGCUGUGCCCGAGACUGUGCCGCUGCAGGACCGUGAGAAGCAGCCGCGCUGCCCCAACCCACUCAAGUCCGUCAAGAACAUUUUCAUUUUCUACAUAGCAGGCCCCAAGUGGAAGCGAUUCCAGUUCACUCUUUCCUUGCUUCUCCUUUCUGUUAUCACCGUGUGUACCGCCGGCCAUGGCGGUGUCUUCACCCUCUACCUGUUGGCGCCGCCCUUCUGCUGGGACCCUGAGCAGUUCGGGGUGUACGGGGCUGCUGGAACGGCCACCCAAUCCUUCUCCAGGCUGAUCGGCCUCAAGACUAUGCACGUGUUUUUCUCCGAUUCCGUCAUCCUACUCCUCGCAAUCAUGUCUUUGGCCGGCUCACUGGUUAUCGAGGGCUUGUCCUCCACUACCGCCAUGAUGUACGGCACUAUACCAGCCGGUCUCAUCUCACCCCUCAUCUCCCCCAUCGUCCGCUCUCUGAUGUCCAGUAUGGCAGGUCCUCAAAAACAAGGGGCGCUGUUUACCAGCAUCGCGGUGGUGGAGACGGUGUGCAGCAUAGCAUCGACUACAGCCUACAACACGCUGUACAGCGCCACCCUCUCCUACAUGCGCGGAGCUGUCUUCCUGUACAUGGCGGCCGGCCUGGCCUUCUGCAUCCUCAUCAUUCUGGGCCUCAUGCGGAUUGCACAGCUCGGCCCUUCGGUAUAUGAGGAGGUCCUGCAGGAAGAAGAGGAUCAGCUUCAGACCACGUGACUGCCACGUGGCUUAUCACCUCGGUUCGACGUAAAUGUGGACGUUUAGCGUGUUCUCAGUGUGCAGAGACGACUGAUAGUCCGUGUUGUCUCAACAGUGUAACCUUCACUCUACCUCGGUCUCGUGCAUUCCACUGAAUGCUCCGCGUUCUGUUGAUGGACGAUAAGAGAAAAGUUUCUAGAUCUGAUACUUUUCAGGUAAUUACAGAAAAUUACAGAGAACAUCUCAGAAAAUGAGGGUAUGUCAUCAAUUAUUCAGCGCAUGCGCAGUACACGCUCGUUGGUGGUUAAAGCGGAAGUGGGGGUUCAGGUUGUUAGCCACUUCGUUAUCUCUUCGUGUCGCGUACAACAUAACCACAAUAUUUGUUCUUCUAGUUUUUAGGUAUUUACUGUCUGAAAAGAAGAUACUAUUAACUUUUCUCCCACCUUUCUUCGUUGACUGUUGCGGCAAUGCAGUAUACAGGCUUAUUCACUCUUUCUCUUCACGCUCAUGUCUCAGCAAAAGUAACUGAUGGCUGACCCCGGCAUCCGUGUAACCACCGAUCAGCGAGUAGUGCACAAUAAAUAUGUUUUUUAUUACUGGCCACAUCCUUACAGAAAUAAAAGAAUAUGAAGUGAUGUUUUGCCUUUAAAUUUCGCCUUGACAUGUUUGCUAAAUCAUUAA